AACAAAUCCUGUCAAAAGCCCGUGUUCAAGCAGCAUUAUUCAUAUAAAUAACAUGUAGUACUCCACCUUUUUCAAUUUCCAGUUCUCAAGGAAAAGCUAGAUGGGAACUCAGUUUCAAUUUGCUCCUCUGAUCAUAGCUUUUACAUUAUGUAGUUGCCUUGCCAGAGGAUGGUCAAACGAUUUAACUCAUGGCUUUAAAGAACUCCCAUUUAACACAUCCUUUUAUCACAUUCAAAAACCUUAUGACUUGCCUGUUGAACAAAGGUACAGCUUCAUCAAUGGAGUUCAUAAAUUAUGGGUCUUCUCUACGGAUAAACCUUUAUCACGAAAUAGUCCCACCAGGCCUCGCUCUGAGAUAAUUAUAAGCGGAUACACCUACUACUCAGGUGUAUGGCAAUUUGAAGCGUAUGGACAUGUCCCACACGGUACAUCAGGUGUGUCGAUCAUGCAAGUUUUCGGAGCAACCCUACCUCAUAACACAUCCUUUAUACUCGGAGUUAACGAUGGCUCACUCACAUACUUCAACGCGUCCGUCAUUUACCCAAAAGUAUAUGAUAAAUGGUUCAGAUUGAAUGUAAUCCAUGAAGUGGAGACCAGGAAAAUAAUGAUUUACAUUAAUGGAAUCUUCAAAUAUGAAACUCUUGACCUAGGAGGAACUUUUCAUUAUUUCAAGUGUGGAGUUUAUGCACAAAAAAAUUCUUCCUUCUAUAUGGAGUCUCGUUGGAAGGGGAUUAGGGUUUUUAAGAGGUGAUUAACAUUUAAUUAUCCUUCUUUUAAGUAAUUGGUUAUGGAAUAAAAUUUCCUUACAAAAUGUUUAUCUUCUUUUGAUCUCUAACAAACAGUUUAUAAAUAGAAAAC